AUGUCGCUCCUGGUCUGCUUCUACGCUGGAGCGAUCGUGACGUCGCUGUUUAAGCAGACGCUGCAGCAGGGAAAGGAGUUGCUGGUGUACGCCACCAUCUACGGAACCAUCGGGUCUCUCACGCCGAUCGCGUCGAUUGAGACGCUGGAGACGGUGGUGGCGCUGGAGUCGAUUAUUAUAGGGAAGGGAAUUUCGUUGGUGGGGAGAAAUGUGGAUGAUUACCGAAGUCUGUUUUUGCCGUCGACUGGUGUUGCGGACGGAGCGAUCUGCAUGCGAUUCUUCCGAUAUCCGCCUGCCGUUCAGAAGGAGAUUGCGGAUCGAUUUGGGUCAUCGGUUUCUGAUAUUAUGGAAACGUUGCUAAAAAUAAAUGAAAUUUAA